AUGGAUGCCGACGCGAUGGACCGGUCGGACAGUAUUACGGCUGCUACCGAUGGCGUCCGCGGCUCACCCAGAGACCAGAACAGUCGCAGGGCGGCGGCAUGUCUUGUAUGCCGCCGAUCCAAGAUCAAGUGCGAAAAGGGUCGCGCCCAGAACGACGACCGUUGUCACCGCUGCCUCCAAUUGGGUGUUCACAAACGCACAGGACUGGAGAAGGCAUUGCAUCAGGUGGAGCAGGCCUUGCGCCGAACCGGGACUGGCAUUGAAGCCGCCAAAGUUGUCUCGGAUCUCAAAUCUCUCCUCGGCCCCGGGCCACAUGGACCACUGUCGCUCAUCAACCACGAUCAAUCCGGAGUUAGGGGUGCGGAAUUACGCCGGGCAUCAAAGCAAAGCGACAUUCUCCUUCCUGACGCCUCCUCCGACGCAGGCGAUAGCUCGGCUUCGGACCAGGAUGGUAUGAGUGCGCCACAGGAAUCUACGCCUUCGCAAGGCCAUGCCGGCGAGGAGAGCCUGGCCGUCGAUGACGCCGAGAAUCCUCUCCAACUGCUCGCCCGUGCGUCAGACCUGCAUGUCUCGCCCAAGUCAGGGGUCGACCACGUGGCGGCCGAAAACAUGUCCCACCAACGGUCACGCCAGAAUAAACAGAGCGAGAAGAUCUCUGAGGUCGAAAGGUUCUUCAAGCUCAGCCAAUUCAGUCUCGAUACGGGCCCAGACCUCGAUCCGAUCAAUCUCGGGCUGAUCACCGCCGACGAAGCCGACACGCUCUUCAACUUCUUCCAUCACAAUCUGGCUCACACACGAUGGGGCCUCGACCCGGCACUCUACACGGCCGCCUUCACACGCUCCCGCUCCGCCUUCCUGUUCACCUCCAUCACCGCCGCCGCCGCUCUCUUCAUGCCCUCGGCCUCGGCCCUGUCACGGCGACUUUCCAAUCACUGCAAAACACUUGUUAACCGCAUCAUCCUGGACCGUUACCGGUCUGUCGAGAUUGUCUUGGCUUUCAUGGUCAACGUCCCCUGGAUGUUCCCGGGGAAGCACAGCACCGAUGACGAAACCUGUUGGUACGUGUCCAUGGCGACGACCAUGGCAUUGGAUUUGUCGCUCCACAAAAUUCUUGUGCCGAUGGCCUCGCUUCGGGAUGGCCCUGGUGGGCUUGGAGGGACCUUCGGAGGGAUCGCGAGGGCUGAUUGUAUCGAUCCCAAGGUGGCGUUGGCUUUAGAUGGGUUUGGGGAUGUGGAGCCGACCUCGGAGUUUGGGCUAAGGUUGUUAAGGAGGCGGGAGAGGUGUUGGAUAUCAUUGUUUGUGCUGGAACGAGGUUUUGCGAAGAGAUCUGUUAUCAACCAUCCGACGGCCCCGACCGAGGUCCGCCACUUUUUCCACGCAGCCGGUCUUUCGUCAGCAUUGAACGUGAUGCGGGCGGCCAUCCAGGGCGAAGGCCAGUUGUCGAGCAUGCCAAACAACACGGCAAUAAUGAUCUCCUUCGCGGCCUGUUUCGCAUUGCGGUUGAGCGGCCAGUUCGCGGGCAACUCAAACCUGGCUCCCAGCGUCCGAACGCUAAUCGAAGAAACGGCCGAGGUUCUGGAGCGGGUCGGCUCGGCCACCGAACAUCGGAAUGGCAUGUCGACUCUAUACGGGAAAUACCUCAAGUACAUUGUCAAGAAAGCAGCAGCAUCGGUUCCCGCCCCUCCCGAAAACACCGCUAGACCACGUGCAGGGACACACCCCGAACUGCUUGCCCAGCACCACGCCUCAACCGCGUACGCGCGGGGCAAUAACACACGCGCCAGCUUCAGUAUGGCAGACGCCAUCCGGCCCAGCCCGCCCGUCUCCGGUUUCAUGGAGCCGCCGCCCUGGUCGGAGCCGAUUCAAUUCUCGUCCAUGUCUGACGACCAGAUCGUCGAGGCACUCAGCAGGGUCAACAAUGAGUUCGACCCGGCGCUAAGCAUGUAUCCCUGGGAUGACGCGGCUGCUUUGGAUUGGCUCAAUUGCACUCUGUAUUCUGCUCUUGAGCACGUCGGCAGGGGCACAUGCCGUCGUGGCCACCGUCCCCGCGAACAAGGAAGCGAGUGCGUGCGUACGGAUGUCGUCAUUCAGGCUUGUUCGCAUCACCUGCCUCAGUUUGAGAGGGUCAAGGGCCCUACUCAUAAUCACGCUCCGGGCGAUAUUCGCCGACAGGCCCCUGCCAAAGACCUUGAUUCCCUCCUCCUUACCGAUGCGAUAGAGCCCGGUCACGGCGUCGGAGUAGUGGAAGCGUUCGGCCGCCGGCUUGGCGGCGUCGGCGCACAUACGCACGAGGAUGACCUCGGUAGGGUUCCCAAUCAUCCCCGCCAAACCCCCCGCCACGCCGGCACAUGCCACGGUGGAUGCGGUGGACAGCUUGGAGGUUUCUGA